UCAGAAUUACCACCAAAAAAUUCUAGUUCUCCACCUACUCCACCACCAAAAACGUCUUCAACAAAACCGUCAGCCGACCCAAAUCCUUCAGUUAACACUACUUCAAAACCGGAACAGAGUAAAACAAAAUAUAGUUAAUUCAAUAAAAAUAAAUAAUUUCAGACAAUGAAACUUCAUCACAAUCGAGUAUUCCAAAUACAAGCACUGGAGGUAGUAAUGGGACUACUACUGUUGGCACUUCUCCACCAAUGAAUUACUCUACUUUGACCCAAAACUUUACUUCUACUAUUUCUGUGAAUGAGACAAACGGAACAUUUAAUUCCAACUUAACAACAUCCACAACAUUCUCUACUUCAAUGCCUACAAUCAUCCAAUCUCUAAACACAACAACUUCUACUAAACUUCCCGGCAUUACAAAUGGAACAACAAAAGGAAUUAAAGGGACACCAAAAGAAGUAUUUCCUUCCUAUUAUUUCUAUAUUGUUGGUGGUGGUGGUGCUGUGGUUAUUCUAUUGCUUGUCAUCAUUUGUGUAUGCAGUAUCGUUCGAAAGAAUAAGAAGAAAGCAAGUAAUGAGGAUGAAAGUUCUGAAGGCUCUGGAGGAACAACGGAAGAACUUUUAUCAAUGGAAGCAAAAAAUAUGUCUGGUACACAAUUGGAAACUCAAGGAAGUCACGUAUCUUUAAAGAAGAGUGUAGUUGAUAAAAAAGAAGUUGAGCUAAGCAAAAAAGAAGAAAUUAGCAAAAAAGAAGUUUCCAAAGAAGAUAUGAAGAAAACUCUCUCAAAAGAUGUUGGCGGUGGUGGUGGUGGUGGGGCUGUUGGUGGGGCUGUUGUUCCAAAUACGAUCGAAUCUAAAGAAUUUACUGGGGAACAAACAACAGAAGAAGAAGUUGCCGUUAAACCACCAACAACACCUAAAGCAACAGAUCCGCAAGUCUCUACAUUUUCGGCUCCAUAUGAAGUAGAUCGAAAGCGAUUGAUUGUGCCGAUGAAAGAUAAGGGGGAUCCAACUACUGAAUCUAAAAAAUCUAUCGAAUCAAUUGUCUCGGCAGAGAAGAAAGAAGAAUCUAAACCUGAGUUGACUGUAUCUUCUGAUGAAGUUGUUGGGAAGAAAGAAGAGGGUGGUGAUAAUAAUAAUAAGAAGAAGAAAGAAGAAAGUGAUGAUAAAAAGGAGGAAGAAGGGGACGAUAAUAAUAAGAAGGAAGAGGGAGGAGAGGGAGAUAAUAAUAAAGAAGCAGAUGUCUAUGAUUAAUUUUGUUUUUCUUAUUUGUAUAUAAAAUGUUGAGUAGUAUGGAGGGUAUUUGUUGUUAGUUAGUC